CAUAGAUAAGCUUCCACACAAGUGAGGUUGAACGUAUCACAACCACUUGUCUUGUACUUGAGUUCUUAACGUCUUCAAUGGACACUGAUUGAGACAAAAUUAUGCUCUUAUACUUGUACAAUAUACAAAAUCACGAUAGCCCAUAGCAACGAAUUUCGCCCUGAUCAUGGGUUACAUUCUGAUAUAGCGCAUUGACCCAGGCCAAUUUCGCGUCAUUGUACAAAACAACAAUGGACGGUAUUAGCAAGAGUUGGUGGCGGGCGAUAGCUUCAGUGCCUGUCUUAGGCUUGGCAAUCUUUGGCUUUGCAGUGUUGCUGGUUCUGCGAGAAGCACGGCUGAGAUCGAGAUUCCACUCAAAGGACUUCAAGAGCAGCAACUCAUCAUCAGAUGAGAAGGUGGACAAGAACAAUCCUAUCAACGUCUUUCCUCCAUCGAGGCGAGUGGCACUAGUCGAGCUAUUACCCGCGUCUCAUCUGGUGACCAAUGCCGUUGCCAUUCCUCUGGAGGAUCUCAAGAGAAACCAGCUCCCAACCACAAAAGUUCAGCCUCUGGAGCAGAAGAAUCUAUUCACGUCUACUGGACUACUGACACAGGAGGUAAAGGCGCUGGGUCGAUUCCCGAACUACUCCGUCCUAAGCGGCGUCCCGCAUCCUAACCCAGCCCCGUCAUUUGAUAUUACCAAAGCCAACUUCAGGCCGUUUCGUCCCUUCAGAUGGACAUACCACCAAACUAUGGCGGUUAUGAAGAUGGAGCCAGACUACUGGAUCGAGUUGGAGCAGAACUACUCCCGACGCAUGCAGCAGCGCCUAGAGCUGUGGAAAGAGCACGGAGAGCGAGUCCUGUUCGAGGCUCCCGGCUCCGAGCUGGCCGCACGCGAGCUCAUGGAGAUGGUGGUGCAGUUCCUUACGAUCCGGUACCCGCAAUACUUCCAGCUCGAGGACGACAACAAGAUCCUGCGGAACCGGCUGCUCGAGACGGCCACCGUGAUCGGCUCGAUGACUCCCCUCGAGGUGCUCAUGCGUAACGUGCCGGAGGACUUCACGGUGAUGCUGCGGAGCGAGGAAGACGGCAAUUAUUACCUGAGAGCUGCCACGGUCUGCAGCUCCGUGGGCUGGAACAUCGGAUUGCACAAGAACAAGGUGCUGCGGAGGAUCCACGACAAUGUACCCCACUGGGAGAAGAUGGCAUUUUCCGUCGACCGCUACUUCACCAAACAAGCCUGCGACGCGCCGAUCCAGCGCGGCUCCUGGGGCAUCGAGGACUGGGAGGCCUUCUUCUGCCCCGAGGACGUGCCGCGCAGCAAGUUCGAUCGCGACCCCUCGUCGUGCGCUAUCGAGGAUCUGCAGCUGCGCUGCGACUGGCAGACGGUGCGCCGCCUUCCCAUGUCCGGCGCCAUGAUCUUCAAUUUCAAGGCCGUGUUCACGCCCCUCGCCGAGCUGGCCAGGGAGCCAUAUGUCCCGGCGCUGCUGCAUAGGGUGAUCACGCAGGGAGACGAGAAGUUGAUCGAGUACAAGAUGGAGAAGCAUGUCGCAAAUAUCGCAAGUGAGUAUUGUGAGAAAUGGGCGCGGCAACAAGAAGAAGACGGGCUGGUGGAGAAGGACUGGACGGUGGGGACGUUGGAACAGAGCCCGUUUUUCCCAGGCUGGGAAGAGACAGGGGACUGGGGAGCUUGUCCCAUGCGGCCAGGUCGGUAGGCUUGUGAGGGUGGAAGCCUAUCGCUUUGGGCUGAGUAGCAUGUUGAAUUGUUCGGAUGCUAGUAUUGUGCACUACAGUGAACGAUAGUACAAGCUGUUUCAACGUUCAAAAUAGUCUUGAU